UGUUGUUGUACCUAAUGUAAUGUUUUCCAUAGUAUCACAACAAAAUAGUUUAUUGUAUGGGAAAAUUCACUUGAAUUUUGAUUGUGUCUUCAAAUAAAUUGUGUGGCUUAUUAACACCUAACCUUACCUGAUUAAAACCUUACGUUACUUUAAUAAUUUAGAAAUACUGCUCUUCUUCGUCCCUCUUUUCUGAUUAUUAGAAUAUUAUCGCGGUUCACUUAAAAUUGGGAAAAAUGAGUGGUGAAAGUGCUCAAGAGGUGCAAGAUUGUGCAGUUUGUUUGCAAAAAUGUUACUACCCUACACAACUGCCGUGUGGCCAUGUCUUCUGUUUUCUUUGUGUCAAGGGUGUGGCUAUACAGAGCAGAAAGUGUGCCAUGUGUAGAGCUGAAAUACCUCCUGAUUACUUGGACCAUCCAGUUUUGUUGAAAAAAGUUGUAACUGAAGACAACACAACAGAAACCAAUACCGAAUACCAGUGGUAUUAUGAAGGCAGAAAUGGAUGGUGGAAAUAUGAUGAACGUAGUAACACAGAGUUGGAAGCAGCAUUUAAUUCUGGGGAUCAUGAGUGCAAAUUGCUGCUGGCCGGAGCCCUGUACUGCAUAAACUUCCAGAAUAUGAUACAGGUGCAGAGCAGAGACCCCACACGGCGACGGCGUGUUAAACGCGACACACCUACACUGCCUGCUAAAGGAAUUGCUGGAAUAAAGAUCACAGACAACAGAUACAGAGAGCAGAUUAAAAGUGAAUGUGAAGAUAGCCCUAACAACAAUUCUAGCCCUGAUGGAGAAGUUAUAGAAAUUGCUGAUGACGAUGAUAAUGAUGAACAAGACAGUUCACAUGCCAACAGCACUGAGUCCACAACUCCUCACGACAGUAGUGUCAGUGAUUUAACUGAAAGAGUGAGCUCCAUGGAUUUACAAGAACAAAUCCCUAGUGAGAGUACUUCCAGAGACUUUUCAUCAAGUGAGGAAACAGGAGUGUAAUAGAUUCCCUAAUUAGAUGUUUUAUUUGUGAAAUUAUUUAUUAUACAUUAUACUUACUGCCAACAAGUAUAUAUUAUACUGUAACUAAAUUUAAUUAUGAAAUGUUGUUUAAAUUAAUGGUAAAAUAUUUUACAAAGAAAUCUUUUAUGUAAAAAAAGUUAUUUUAAAAAUAUUAA